CCUGCAACAUCACUCAGGACACACGUGGACUCACAACAUCCUCACUUUGGGACUCCAAGAAGCUUUGUUGCAUGACACGUGACACGUGACACCAGCUGUGGGUUCCUGAAGUAACGUGCCUGCGACAUGAGAACCGCCGAGGCGGGCCCCACCACGGUCCUGCACCGCCUCAUCCAGGAGCAGCUGCGCUGGGGGAAGCUGACGGACACUCGGGCGCUGCUGGCCAUCCAGCAGCAGGCCCUGCGCGGAGGAGGACGCCCCGGUGUCGGAGGCGGUGGCGUCACAGGAAGUCCUGCGGAGAAGCUGAGCCGGGAGGACACGCAGGGGUCCACCAGGCAGGACCCUCAAGGCCAGGAGCACCAGGGCAGCUGCUUCCAGCUGGGUGGAGAGGAGCUUCCUAGCUAUGAGGAGGCCCAGCACCUGAUGUCCCACAAGGAGGACAUGACGUGCGGAGGAGGACACCUGAUGUCCCACAAGGAGGACAUGACGUGCGGAGGAGGACACCUGAUGUCCCACAAGGAGGACAUGACGUGCGGAGGAGGACACCUGAUGUCCCACAAGGAGGACGUGACGUGCGGAGGAGGACACCUGGACGCCAAGCUGGAGCACAGUCGCUCCCUCAGCGAGCGCCUGAUGCUGUUGUCUCUGGAGAGGAGCACUCCGAGGAACCUUUGGGCCCUCAGCUCCUCCCACAGUUCUCCUCAGCUGUGCAGCGGUCCAGGAGCCCCAGAGGAGCCCAGAGGACCACCGCCAGGAUACCACCCGGAGGCUCCUCCCCCCUUGCAGCACAGGAACGCCGGCGUUGCCAUGACGACGGCGUCCAGCGACGUGCUGAUGACGGAGAACAGGAGGCUGAGGCGGGAAGUGGAAAUGUACGCAGAGAAGGUGGCACGCCUGGACAAGAUGGAGGAGGAGAUGGAGAAGGUCUCUGAGGCGCAUCAGACCUUGAUGAAUGACUCGGUCAAGCGGCAAGACCUGGAGAAGACGAUGAGGAAGAAGCUGGAGGCGGAGAUGAAGAGGAUGCACGACUUCAACCGCGACCUAAGAGAACAACUGUGGGCGGCGACCAAGCAGCAAGCGGUCAAGGAGGACGAACACUCGGACCACAAGCAGCACGUCUUCCUGAAGCUGCUGGAACAAAACGAGCAGCAGCGGCGGGAGAAGGAGCUCCUGGAGAAGAAGGUCCAGCACCUGCGUCUCUCGGCCGAGGACAGCCAGCGGGCACGUGAGCUCCUGGAGGAGGCGCUGCUGGCGUCGCACGCUCGCAACCGGCUGCUGGGGGAGGAGCUUCAGAGGAAGCGCGCCUACGUGGAGAAGGUGGAGCGCCUCCAGGGCUCGCUGGCCCAGCUGCAGGCGGCGUGCCAGAAGCGGGAGGCGCUGGAGCUGCGCCUGCGCACCAGGCUGGAGCAGGAGCUGAGGAGCGUGCGCGCGCAACAGAAGUGGACCUCAGGCCUGCGGGCUUCAGAGCCAGACUCCUGCUUGUGGCAGCAGCAGCUGAGGGAGCGAGAGGAGCGCAUCCUGGUCCUGGAGGAUGACAUCACCAGGUGGGAGCACAAGUACCUGCAAGAGAGUACCAGGAGGUACUUUGCUGUGGACGCUGCGGCACACAGAGACACCAGCAUCAUCAACAAGUCGCCUCCACAUUCUCCUGACAGCAGCUUUAAUGAGGACCUGCCUGUCACCUGUCUACCACAACAGGAAGUGGAGAACAGGAUGCGAGCCCUGCACGUCCAGCUCCUGGAGAAGGACUCCAUGAUCCGGGUCCUGCAGCAGCGCUCCACACGGGACCAAGGAGUCCUCAGGCCGGCCCGCUCCGUGCCGUCCAUCUCCACGGCAGGCGCCGCCACCACCGAGACCAAAGCAAAAAGUCUCUCAGAUGACCAGACAGGCGGCGCCGGACUGCGGCACAAGAGCCCACGCCGGGACUCCGGCACCCAAUGUGACGUGGCCCCCCCGCUGGAGACAGCACCCACAGGUGGGUAGGACAUGUGACGCCACCGCUGGCUUUGAUCAAACCAUUAUCAACGCCGAUAUUUUGCUUUAUGACGUUUAUCGGUAUCGACCUUUUUUUCAGUAUCGGCUCCCCCCCGCCCCCAAUAUCUACACAUGUGAUACCAUUAUCUAGUAUGUACAAAAAUGCAACAUAUCUCCUUUGCUUACCUGUCAAGACCCUCCAUUUUUUGCAGGAAAUCCAGUUUUUGUCCUUCUCCCCUGGCGUCGACCCCGGUCCCGUUUUUGUUCGUUU